CCAAUUAUAUACAUUCGUUAACCAAGCCAAAAAUAAUUCACAAAAGAACGGGGAAAAGAGAAAAGAACGAGACCGUGCCAAAUCAAAGAAAUAAACAAAAUAUAACCAAUCUUACUAAACAGAAAACACCAGAGAGAAAAGAUCGAAUGGGCCAUUAACACUGACUUACCAAAGAACACAGACUUAACUAACAAAGAUUAACACAAAGAUGGUACAGGGCAAAACAAGUACGCGAGUCAACCACCAAACAACAAGAGAAUGUGUGGCGUGCCAGAGAACUCCCGCUUCCUGCACUGGUGUGCUCUUUAACCAUCAACUAGGGCGCCCUCAUUGGUGAAGCCGCGCGUUGUCGUCACCACGCAUCACGAACAACCAUGUCUGACAGAAAGGCCGUGAUCAAAAAUGCGGACAUGUCAGAGGAGAUGCAGCAGGACGCUGUGGAGUGCGCCACGCAGGCGCUGGAGAAGUACAACAUCGAGAAAGACAUUGCUGCCUAUAUGAAGAAGGAGUUUGACAGAAAGUACAAACCCAUAUGGCACUGCGUUGUUGGGAGGAACUUUGGCAGCUACGUGACUCACGAGGCCAAAAAUUUCAUCUAUUUCUACCUGGGUCAGGUGGCCAUCCUGCUCUUCAAGUCUUACACAGUUGAAGAAAGAAUAUCUUCCAAAUUGCCAAAUUUGUGAGUGCCAAAGAAGGCAGUGUUCAAGUAGAGAUGAGGCAAUACACGGACUUCCACAAAUAAAGUGUAUUUACUGAGCGAAGGAGCAGACAUACAACAUUACAUGUUACACUAACAAUAGAACUGACAAAGGAGUGCAGCGAGUGAGUCCCACUUAAACGGAGUGCUGACGAAGACAACAGGUGCAGGGAAUCCAGGAAAUGGCGGGAAGGCUGAUGAGGGAAGUGAGUUCAGGUGUGCAUACAAAGAGGAUCGUGGGAACUGGAGUCCGGGAAGGCGUGGAUGUAACACAUAUAUGUUAUGUAUAGUUUUAUUCUGUUUUCUCCGUUCACAGAAGCACUGCAUGUGCGUGAUGUGAUGUUGUGUGAACUCAUGUUCUACUAUCCUGCAAAUUUCGCUGGUUUCUAAACACACAAGCUGCAUAUUACUUGACAUUCAUUUUCACUUAAAUGUAGAUCUAAUGUUAGACGGUUGGUGACAUAUAUCAUCGGAAAAACUAAUGCCAGGGCAUUGUCAUUGUGACUUACCUAACCUAUGAUGACUUGACAGCUGAGCCUGAGCGCGUCAGCACGGGCAUUUCACUUUAGAGAUUAAGCGCGGACAUUUCACACACGUUGGAUGCUUCAGCGUCACAUUUGCAUAGGCUGUACUAUUUGAUUUCGUGAUUGGUUGACUUCCAAAUCAAAAUAUUAAACAGAACAAUAAAAUAAAGUUAUUAACCAGUUAAUGGCCAUUUCAAAUAAGCGUUUCUGUUCAGAAAGAUUUAAUUUGAUUUAAUUUCUGUUUCUGGUUAUGUUCCGGUCAAAAUUUCGUUCGUUUUCGGUUUUCGUUUUCGUUCCUUAAACUGGUUCAGAGCAUUAGUUAUAACUUUUGCAUACAUAAACUGAUUUUGAUGAAACUUCAGCUGUGUGUGUUCGUUAUAGGAGACCGAUCACAUGGAUGUGACUAUUGUGAAUCAAAGUCAUAGCACCACCAACUGGCAGCAGGAAGUGUCACUUUCAAAAUGCUUUGAAAUCACCCUCUUAUUUUUACCCAAUUUGCUUUAAACUUCAUCAGUAUAAUGUCAAAACAUGGCAGAUGUACACCUGUAAAAGGAUUCUUGAUAUCUUAAAUAAUGUUGCCAUGGCAACAUGUCAAACUUUUAUAAUAUUCUUGGGUGUUUUUGAGGCCCUUAACAUACUUCAAAUUGCACAAAACUCAACACAAACGUCAAAGUUGUCGGUCAGUAGAGAUGGGCAAAGCCUUAGAAAUGAACGGCUCUAUAGCAAUAUAUAGCGACUAAAGUUGGGGGGUUAGUCUUACCUACAGUCACCAAACUCGGUACAUAUAUUGCUCUCAUUAAACCGGACAACUUUGUAAUAUACAUUCAUUAGCUCCGACCAACAGUAAGACAGAUAUUUUGGUUUGAAUGUGGUUUUUUUGAAUAAUAAGGCUCUGAGUUUUUAAGUACUCCUCCUAGGAGAUUCACGCUAUCGCCACCAAAAGACACUGAAGAUGCUAAAUUGCGAAUGAUUAUAGGAUAUCUUGAACAGUGUUGCCAUGGUGAGGGAUUAAAUUAAGGACAUAAAAACAGAAACAGGAAGUGUUUCAUAUGAUGCAAAAUCAUUGUUUGAUUUAAAUGAAAUUAAGAUUGUAUGUUGCCCGCCAUGCACAGGUUUCCUUAAGCCACCAGGGUGGCGGUGGUGCCGGGGCUUGGACCCGUCAUCGCUGCUUGCAGCUAUAUUUUUCUUUUGGUUUACGAUUUAAAUGUGCUGUACACAGACAUGUUUGACCAUUGCGCUUGCCUCUUUUCUAUGAUGAGUGAAAUGUGGCAUUUUCAAGUCUUCCCGGGUAUGGCAAGUGGAUAGUGCCAUGGAUUACCAACUACUGAUGCCCAGUUCGCAAAUGAAUCGCUCUUUUGAACUGGUGAAUAUCUUGAAUUGGACUGAACCAUCUGAAACAGUUCGUUGCUUGAGCCAGCACAUGUAUAGAAUUUACUUAAUCAAAACUCACUUUCAGACGUGCCUGACAGUCACUCUGUUUUGAAAUGUGCCGCAUAGGAGUAUAUGAUGCUGGAUUUUGCCAACAUUCAGUUGGUCCAACAGUACAAAUUCAACACGCUGAGAUGUAUGCCAAGGAUAUUAUAAAGGGGACAAAUGUAUGUUUCUGUUACUUGUCCCCUGUUUGUUUGGACUGUUAUGUUGUAUUUCUAGUUUCCUGUUUCCUGUAUCUAGUUUUGUAGCUCUCUUUGUAGUUCUUUUGUUUCAUUUGUCUGAGGUGUGUCUUUAUAAUUUGUUAUGUUGUUAACUUGUAUGUAUACAUAACCCUUGUGUUUCCAUGUUGUUGGUCAGGUCUUCUGUCUAGCGAGCUCAGAGGCGAAGGAGAGAUGAAUCCAAAUGCAGAAGAUAUAAUAAAGUAAUAUCAAAAUACACAUUUAA